AUGGGUGGGAAGUGCCCGCACAGGAGGGGCAAGAAGCGGGGGUUCUCGCACAAGACAGCUCGCCGCACCAAAUUCCUCCUCAAGGAUAUCCUUCCCCACCGCGAUUAUUUUGUUCGCGUCGUUUUCUCCCGCUCAGUUUCACAUUCCAAAUGGUGUAGGAUUAUUAUUUUUUAUUUUUUUCUGUGAAUGUUUCUUGUCGAUUUUUGUUUCGCGGAUCGUCAAUUUCUCCAGUUCUUUAACUGAGAAAUUGUUUCGAUGCCACCGCGAUUACUUCAUUCGCGUCGUUCUAUCCCGUGCAGUUUCAAAUUCCAAAUGUUGUGGUAUUAUUAUUAUUUUCUCUUUUUUCCCUGUGGAUGUUUCUUGUGGAUUCUUCUUUCGUGGAUCGUUAAUUUGUCGAGUUCUUUAACUGAGAAAUUGUUCCGAUGCCACGGGAUGACAUGGUAUACGACGAGCUACUGAAGUUGGUCAAGACUGAGGCUGUAGAGGCGAAAUCCUUGCCUUUGAAUGAAGACCUCCCUGGGAUGGGCCAGUUCUAUUGUCUCCACUGCGAGUAGCAUACUACAUCUCUUCCUACUCAGAAAACGUUAACAUAUCAUACCAAUUAGUACUCUUCGGGUGAAUUGAUCUCCGUAUGAUCUUGCAGUCGGUAUUUUGCAACUGCGGAGGUGAGGGACGAGCAUUUCAAGACGAAGUUGCACAAGAAACGGUGAGUCUCCAUCUCGCAUCCUCGUGUUUUUACUUGUGUUGAGUAUGAACGGCGAAACAUAAACAUCAGUCGUUACAUAUCAUCUGUUGAAUAUUAUGCAAGAUCUCGCAAAACUUCGAAAGAGAGGUACAUUUUUCGAAAUAAUCUGCCAAUAAUUAUUGCGGCUUUCAGAAGCAAGGGAUGUUCUUGAAUCGGCUUCUCAGUCGUGUGCCGCUACACUUAAAGUAAUCUCUAUUGCCUUGACUUUCUACCACAAUGAAGAAAUCAGAGACCUAGAACUAACCAGGUUGAAACCAGGUUCAACUUGGUGGUGUAACUGGCAUGAACUCAUGUAGCAUCCAGAGAAAAAUGACAGGAAUAUGUAAGUCAACUGAGUUUAGGUCAGACCCUCAGUUUCUUCAUCUAUUGGAUUGAUUAAUCUCUGAAUCUCACGGCGUAACUGAGGUUUUUUUCAGAGAAGAAAGAGACAGGGGAAGAGCAGUUGACUGAUGAGGAAUCUGUACUCUGGUUUUGGUGGUCCGUUUAUCAGAAAUUUUUACACAGUUUUCAGAUGCUAGUUAUAUUUUUUUUCUCAGAUUGGAGGCACCAAUUGAGCUUUCAACCCAGCCUAAGAUUGAUCAUUUUACAGUUGACUUUUCGACCACAGGAUCUAGCUCACAGUAUGUCGUAUCAGGCCUCACAAUUGGAAUCCAACCAAAACAUUGGAUUGAAAAAAAUAUAUAUCAGCCUACGUAGUUUUCCUUUGAUGACACACUUUGAAAACCUAUGGUGGCUGAAUGUACUUUGUGAAACUAAUUGUUAGUCUGAAAUUAUAUCGUUCCACAAAUUAUAUCGUGAAGAACAAUCCUUUUUUACCCUAAACAGAGAUGUAACGAGACGCCCUGAAGAAAAAUCAUCAAUGGCAAAGUUUCUCUCACCUCUUCCCCUUGUAUACUCUUUUAAUAUUACUAAUCGUGCCACAUCCAUCAAUGUUUAUGUCGGGAGAGGACCAUUUUUGGCAUGUUCCUGUCGCUUAUCUUCAUGGUUUUGGCAUUGUGCUGGAUAGACCUGAUAGAUCUCAUGCAUGACGUUGACUUCUCCUUCACCAGUGUAAAGCAGAUGAUGGGGCCCGCCCCGCAUACCCAGUUGGACGCCGACCUCGCCGCCGGGAUGGGGAUGCCAGAUAACGGCCCAAAGCUCAUGUCUGUGUGA